AUAACAAUAGUAAUAUAUAUAUAUAUAUACACUCGCUGUUUAAUUGUUUAUAGAAUUUGAUAAGUGUCCAUACAUUUUCAGACAAAAAAAGAAUACAUGUUAAUUAACAAAAAAUAAAGUUAUGUAUAAAAAUAAAUUAAUUUUAACGAGACGAAGAUAAAAUUAAAUGAAAGAAAAUAUUUUGAAAAUUUUAUGUCAACAUCAUCUUUCAUUUAUGGUAUAAUAAUCCGUCCUUUGUUUUAAUUAACAAAGAUACUCCUCCCUCAUCGAGCUGUAACAAAAAACAUUCAAUUAAGCAGUCAAUCUUGCUCGAUCAAGAAACGUCGUCUUUGUCAUCGCUUACUGAAGAGAAAUAUAUUCAUAAUAAUUACAAUGAUUAAUUAGUAAGUGAAUGAUUUCUCUUAACAUGGUGAAUGUGCAUACUUGUGAAUACAUGUAACUUCAAUUCUCUCUUUUUUUUUUUUAACAUAAUUAUAUAUAUUAUAUACAGGUAAUUCCAGAGUGUUUGUGGAACUUGUGAAUAAUCGAGUGAAGAGUGUUUAAUGGUAAUGGAUUAAUAGUAUCAAGUUAUUGAAAUAUUAGUUUAAAAAGGAAAGAAAUUGUAAAUUACAUAUAUAAGUGUAGAAUUUUAAUAUUAUGGAUUUUUCAUAGAGCAUUAAAAAUUGCAAAGCCAUAGAUAAUUUGUUAAGCCAAGGAUAAAAAAAAGCUGGCUUUUUCGCCUGCUCGUUAUAUAUAAUACCUCGUUAUAUUAUUCUACAAAUUAAGUAUUAGUCAAAAAAAAAAAAGAGAUAAGCAACCAUACGUUAAGAUCUGAUGAUUGUUACAGAUUUUAUGGUACUUGAUAUUUUUCAGAAGAUAUAUGACUUGGACAUACAUGCUGAACCUGUAUCUUUAUCCAAGAUAUUAGUCGCAAUUGAAUAAUCACAUUAGCUUGAUAUUGCGGUGAAUACAAUAUAAUUACCGUAAUAUAGCCUUAAAUUAAGCACCAUGUUAUUACAUGCUCUAAAAUAUAAUAACAAUGGUUUCUGCAUUGUAUAAAUUCAUGUAUCGUUUGAAGAAUGAGAUUUGAAGUUCUAUAAAAUCGGUACAUCUGAUACUGUAAACGUAUGUGAUAUUGCUCUGUACAUAAGUGAACAACAACAAACACCAGAUUUAAUUUAUGUAUUAUGUAUUACAAAUAAAACGGAAAUUGUCAUUUGUACAACAUUCAAACUAUCGAUACAAACAGAGUGAGAUGGACGUUAAAUCCAUAGAAACCAAUUCAUUUAUACUAUAAAGGAAAGAAAAAGACUAUCGCGUUUUCGAGCGAAGAUAAUAUAAUCUGUAGAUGCACGUAAUGUAUUUUUAUUUUCAUCUUGUAUUCUUAUAAUUUGUUAAAAGGUAAUCCUUCAUACAUAUUUCUUCAUUUACUCCAUCAUCUUGAAAUGGAGUGUCUGAUGAAAAGGGAAGAGUCUUCGUCUAGCGAACUCAUAAAAACACUCGAAAAAAAUGUGAGUAAGCAAUUUGACCCUUUCAUGCUUGAAAUAUAUUCAUAUUAAUUAUUACCAUUAGUUUUAUUUAAAUUAGUUUUUAAAUUACCAAUAUAAAAGUUUUUAAAAAUUUCACGCGUAUUAUAUACUGAUUUCGAAGAUGCAUUUUUUUAUUGUUUAGCAUGAAAGAGUCAAAUAAUAAAAAAAAUUAACAAUGAUUAAUGAAUAUUGGAAAAAAAAGAUGAAAAAGUGCAUUACUGUUUACUUGAAAAACUGAUUUUAAAAAAUGUAAAUAAAGAUGAGCAACACAACAUAGCACUGUUAACAUUUAUUUAGGUAGCGAUCUUAAAAAUAGAAAAUCACUAUAAUUCAAAGAUCAGUUACGAAUUGGAUGUUAAACUCAUGUACUUCCAUAACGCAUCACGUAAUCUCGCGGAUAAACUUGAAUCUUUAUGGAAAUUAGCUGAAGCGCAUCAACCAACGGAAAAUGAAAUAAAACAAUUUGCUGAUCAAAUUGCAGGUUUAUGGACUUCUAUAAAUCGUCAGAUUUAUGAAAAAUAUUCUAAAAUACGAAUGGGUAGUGGAACAUUGCACGGAGUACCAUUAUCAAUAAUUCUUAAUAAAAUAAAAAAAGAAAUUAUUCUAUUCAAAGUAUCAUUACAACGUCAUGAAUCUAUUUAUGAUCAAGAACAUAUAUUAAAAGGAUACAAGUUAAUUACCAAAAGUGAAAAAUUUAUAAGCAGCUUACAAAAAUGUGAUAGCAAGUUGCAACAACUCUUAUGCAUAUCAAAUAUUAUGCCACGUCUUAUAAAAUUACAAUCUGCGAUUGAUAAAUAUGUUACCACUAUUGAAUUACUACCUACAAGGAGUUUUCCUGCAUAUGACUUAAGUGCCUUUUCAUUAGUUGCAAAAUUAUUGACUGGGGAAUUACUUGGUUAUGAAUCAAUUGAUCCUAGUUAUGUUCUAACGGAAAAUAUGCCUAAAAAGCCUGUUUUUAUUAUCAAAAACGUUAAACGCAAAUCGAUUCAUCCAUAUUAUCCAACAUAAAAUAUAUUUAUAAUAU